AUGUAUGGACCGACUAGUGGUCUCCGCCCUGACAUGUGGUCGUGCCGAGGACACCCAGCAUUGUCACUUCUCGGUAGUAUUGCGCUGGAUCGGCUGCCGCUUUAUUUGGAUGUCUCUUCGGUGACCAACCUUGGACAAACUCGUCCAUUAACAAGGCCGAGAUUAUUACAUUUCAAGCAACCAAGGUUGCGUGAAGCUCACCAAUUUGCCUCCCGUAUCAAUUUCGAAGGGAGUGCCCUGUCGUCGAUUGUGAUCAAUUGGCGCUUUGCGGAGUCUAUUGCCUCACUGAAAGCGUUCGAGGCUUGCAUCUUGUCAGCCCUGUUGAAGAGGAAGUACAGCGUUGAGCUCAGCGGUGCUAACAUCAACACCGAUCAUGGACAGCUAUUCUUUACAUUUGCCUUAAUAUGGACUAUCAACUCAGCAUCAGAAGCUAGUAUAUCGCUUAGCAAGAAUAUCAGCAGUCUAGACCAGUUGAUCCCAAAUUAUGACUUUCACAAAUUGAGCUCCAGCUUGUACCGGCUCAGCGCCACAAACAUCUACCGGACACGGGAUAGGCGAUUUUUCCAUCUCCACUGCAGUAUGAAUCCUGAUCCGACCCUUAAGAGCCUUGGCGAUCUGCAACAUCUCGUCUCCGACGUGUAUAAGCAAGCUGGUGUGGUUACGGAAACUGUCGACUCGUUCCGCGCGACUGAACACGGCAAGGCCAAUGCACAUGUAGGUCUCUUCGAAAUUCAGUCUGUGUUGAAUCCAAGUCAUAGGCCGUCGUGGUGGCCUCCGACUGCCGAAACUUCGCCUAGCAGACCCCUCGCAGGCCUCAAAGUUGUCGGUCUGAUCCGUAUCAUCGCUGCACCCGCAGUCACCAGGGGUCUCGCUGAGUUAGGCGCUAGUGUCAUGUGGGUCACUUCUCCCAAUCUAAUUGACUAUAGCUUCCUACACAUUGACCUAAAUUGGGGCUGUCGACCAGGUGUAUUGGAUAAAUAUGGCUUCGGGGUGGGUGACAUUAUCGACUUGGUCCGAGAUCGUGCUCGCGGUAAAAUCUCAGUAUGUGAAGAUUCCUACGGCUGGCAUGGUCCGUGGAGUGAUCGAUCUGGGUGGCAGCAGAUCAGCGACGCGUGUGUAGGCAUUCCUGCUGGAUUCGGUAAGGCAUUGGGCUUGAAAGACAAUGAGCCCGUCACGCCCGUCUUUCCAAACAGUGAUUACAUGACGGUUAUCUCUGGGGUAUGUGCGGUACUGUGUACCUUAAUCCCACGCGCUGAACAAAGCGGCGAGUAUCCUGAUCGAAUUUGGCAGGAUGUAUGGAAGCGUAACGGGAAGCAGGUUUUCAGGUCAUACCACAAUCUGAACUACACCUUCCCUCGAUAUUUUGAAAUGAUGACUAAGAACAGUAAAAUUUUCGACCAAAACUAUUUCGAGGAUCGCCAAAGCAGGGCUAUAGAUGCGACAGUGCGAACGGUGAAGCCGAUUGUCAAAUUCAACAAUAAUGAGAUCCAGUUGAGGUAUAACGUGGGCAUGAGAGGUAAUAGAAAGGAUGCACCAAGGUGGCCACAGGACAUGAUGACGGAGGUUGUAGAAUAG